AUGUCUAUCCCACCAGAGAACCCCGCGGCAUACCCGCCCAACAAGACCGCACUCCUACUACUGGACUUCCACCACCGAAUCAGCCUUCUCAGCGCCGCCCGCGCCAACGGAGCCCCAAUCGUACGCGCCUUCGACGCGGCGCCGCUGCCGCGGAGCAAGAUCCGCCCGCGGUUCGAAGCGCAGUACAUGCCGCUCCUUGCCUCCGCGCCGGACCGGUUUGUGGAGUGGGAAGGAUUUGUGGCUGGUGCGGCGCCGGCCGGCCACGAGAUGGCCGUGUCCAAGACGCCCAGCUGCAUCUCGGCGCUCAGGACGCCGGAGCUGCUGCGCUUUCUCAAGGAGCAGCACAAGGUGGAGAGCGUGGUCGUCUGCGGCGUCAUCACGAGCGGCGCUGUGCUGAGCACGGCGCGCGAGGCGGCUGAUCUCGGGUUUGUGACUACGGUGGUCGAGGAAGGCUGUUGGGACUACACGACUGAAGUACAUGAAGUUGUGCUGCGCAAGGUUUUGCCCAUGACUGCUUGGGUUGCCAACAAGGAAGCAGCACUCAAGUUACUCAAUGGAACAUCCCGGGCUCUCGAGGAGACCAAAUAG